AUGGACAUGGACGCCAAGAAGCCUUAUGCAGUAGCAGUAAUCAUACAAGUCAUAUACACGGGUAUAUUUGUAAUCCUCAAGGCCGCCUUCAACCAGGGGUUUAAUACCUUUGUGUUCGUCUUCUACAGCCAGGCAGCUGCAUGUCACUUGCUGCUUCCUAUUGCGCUUCUUCGUGAAAGGAGAAACGUGAAGUCCAUGUCGUUUAGGUUGCUGUCGAAGCUUUUCUUUUGUGCCUUAAUUGGAAAUACGUUUAGCAUAAAUGUUUUGAAUGUAGCACUUAGGUACACAUCAGCAACCGUGCAAUCCGCAAUAAGCAAUGCCAAACCUGUUGUUACCUUCUGCUUGGCCUUGCUAUUAAGGAUGGAGGUGGUAAAGCUGAGGAGCCAGCAUGGCAUAGCCAAGGUGACUGGCGUUGCCCUCUGCCUUGCCGGAGUCUUCGUCAUCGCCUUCUUUACGGGGCCGGCCUUAAGCCCUGUAAACCAUCACCGUGCCUUCCACACCGGUCACGCUUCAUCAGAUCCGACGAGUCGGGUGACAUGGAUCAAAGGGACGUUCCUGAAGCUCCUCGGCGACACGGCAUGGUCUCUGUGGAUCAUCUUUCAGGCAGCGCUGCUGAAGGAGUACCCGAACAAGAUGCUUGUGACCGUGACACAGUGCGUCUUCAGCACAGUGCAGUCUUUCGUUGUGGCAGCCGUGGCCGAGCGUGACAUGUCCAAGUGGAAGCUUGGGCUAGACAUGAGCCUGCUUGCCGUCGUAUACAAUGUGUGA